GCAAAGGGUAGCCUUGCGCGGUCCCACGCCGCAGAGGACAAGUUCACAGAGGGGCUGGCAGAGACCGUGAGUCGCAGUCCCGCGAUGGCGAGAUCAUGGGACCUCAUGCCGUUGAACGGCACCCAGAAGAGGGCACUCCCUGACCAAGCAGAAGAGAGACACAAUCACAUCAGGCACUGGAUCAUUAGCUGUGGGUACAAGAAAGGGAGAUUGAUCAAUUCCAGCUGCGGCCUGAGCUUCCUAGUCACGCACCGCAUAAGGAUCAAGCUUGAGCUGAAAGAAUACACGGCGGCGCUGAAAAUUCUCAGGAAUAAGGACCUGGCUAGGCGUAGGGAGGAGCUCGUCCAGGAAAUCUGGGAGGCCUACCAGGUUAACAUGGAAAAGCCCAGCAGCCAGAGUGAAAUAUGGGAAGCCAGGAAGAUCAGGGAGGCAGAGGAGAAGGAGGGCCAGGAGGAGCUAGACAAGUACACCACACUAGCUAAGUUCCAGGUUGGCAGGAAGCUGUUGGAGAAGAUGGGGUGGAGCAUCGGGGAGACGUUACUGCAGACCCCGAGGAUGACCCCAGACAAGUACGUGUGGCCCCCAGGUAGUGCAGGUCAGUCCACUCCGUGGGCUGCCCAGUUUCGAGAGGACAUGGGCGAGCUUGUCCAGGUGGAUGAGAGCAUGUCGGUUUGGUAUAAUGCGCGCGCCAGCGACUUGGACAUCUUCCUACCAGGCGGCAGCGGGAGUGGAGACGUUCCAGUAGCAACAUUGCCGAAGGGCAAGGGUGGCAAGAAGGCUCGCCAGCACGGAAAUGCAGCAGGCGGAGACAUCGUACAAGCGGUGAUGGCGGUGCAAAGCCUCAGCAUCAGGACAGCAGCCGUCGCCAGAGAUCUACCAAAUAUCGUCGGAGAGUUCUGGCUCGCGCCGCCAGGGCACGACAUCAUCGAAGCAGCAAAAGAGACGGGCUCGAGUUACAACGAAAAAGUGCAGUCUCUCGGAAAAGGGCACGGUCUAGGGCCGCCGUGCCUCCACGUGUCGGUGGCGGCGAUCGAGGCGAUGGCGACGAGCCUGGGCGAAAACGAGCAAGAGGGGGCGCAGGCGAAGAUCAGCAUCACGCAGUGGGUAGAGCAGGCGGAGUCGGAGGCGGGGCAGGCGUUCGUAGGAAAGACGAUCCUAAUGUUCAAGGUGAGCGACACGUUCAGGGCGGACGACGAGAUGGACGACGGGAACCGCAUGGCGAAGGUUAUGUUCGCCCUCAGCCCACGCUACGACAUCGCGACGGCCAUGAAGCAGAUGAAAAUCCAGCCGACGGGAGCCAAGCCUCCGACGGAGUUCAACGGCGUGCGGCUCCUCCAGGCGAUGGGAGUGGCGUUGCACAGGGCGGGGGGGCACAGGCCAGUGGGGGGCGGGCCGAAGGAGGAGCUAGACAGGGUGGUCGAGCGCCAGUUGAUGGCGCUGCAGAAGAAAUGCGCCUCCACGGCGUACCUCUGCAGCGCCUCUGGUCCAGGCGCCUCCGCG